AUGAGUAUCAUCGUUGAUGAAGCCCCUGAUUUCGUCCGUCCAUAUGUCCUCCCUAAGUACAAGGGUCGCGCGGUCACCCUCACGAUGUCACAAACAAUCCGCUUCUCCAUUACCGCCAACUCGUCCGACGGCGCCUUUUCUCUGAUCCAGCACAACGGCAAAGCUUCAGGCUUUCUAUCAGGCACCAUCCACAUAUUCCAACUAGUUGAUCCCGACUCCCAACUGACCCAUGCCUUCCACCCGGGUGGGUUUGAAAAUCUCUUCAAUAUCUUCAGCAAAGGAAAUUACGAUACUCACGGUGUCAGUUCGCCGUAUAUCCCUACCACAGAUGACUCAUCCACUUUCGGACCUAUGGCCCCCGAAGAAUACAACCUCCUCGUCUCGCUGGAUCUCUAUGCAGCCUCAGAGGAGGAGUUUAUCCCAAGACGUGACUUCGUGAACGGCACCGCCGGAGACGGAGAGACCAAACAAUCCUGGCACAAUGGACCUAAUACCUUACCCGAUAACCCAACAACCCCCUAUUUCAUCGCGAAGGACUACGGUCCAAAAUAUCUUAACACCGACAUCGGAUAUAAGGUUAUACAACCUCUGACGACAGCUGCACAAACAGAGGGGGAACUUUACCAUGGGGACUAUUAUUAUGUCGCCUAA